AAACUACAAACUUCACGAGCAAAAAUCAUACGGUGCUGUCACCCGCAAAACUUUGAAGAAAAUGUGGAAAACUUUGAGUGUCUUCUUUCUAUUUAAAUCAUUGACAGGUACUCAUUGUGCACCAACUAUUUCUGGUGUGAACCCAUUGAAUCUCAAUCUUCAAGAAGAUGCGAAAAUCCAUCAACUACUCACUACAAUUACAGUUGCUGUGCCUGCAGGCGACACUUUAGUUGGUGGCCCAGUAAUCAUUAAUGCUGAUCCUGCGAAAUAUCCAUUUGAUAUAAUUCCAAAUGCAACAAAUAUGUGGGAUUUAGUGACAACCAACAGCCCAAAGCUGGAUUUUGAAACCACUACACGAUACACACUUCAACUGCUCGUUAAAGAUGAAAAGGAUAGCUCUGCUUCUCAGACCAUCAUAAUAAACAUCCUUGAUGUGAAUGAACCGCCUGCCUUUCUGGGAACUUUGGCUGAAAAAGAUGCUGAAGUUUACAUUGCAGAAGACACUGCUGUCAACACACCAAUAUAUAAAGUUGCAGCAAAGGAUCCAGACAAAAAUGAUGUGUUAACAUAUUCACUCUCAGGCAUGUCAAACUUUCAGAUAAAUCCUGUUGGUUCAAUAUCUGUAGCCAAUACUCUUGAUUAUGAAAAUACAACAAGCUAUUCAUUGUCAGUGAAGGUGGAGGACACAAAUGGUUUGUUCGUCACUGGAGUUGUGAAAGUGUUCAUCACCAACGUCAAUGACCAUAGUCCAGUACUAUCCUGCACCUUCAAAGAUAGAACUGAUGGCAAAGAAACUGAUGUGGGAGAAACAUCCAACUCAGGGCAGACAGCAAUUAUAAGCUUAGAUGAAGAGCUUGCAGUUGGAACAGUUAUUGCAACUUGUGUAGCUACAGAUGAAGAUGAUAUGGGUGAUAUCACUUACCAACUUGAACCUGCGCACAAUUAUUUUGCCAUUGAUAAAAAUACUGGAAAUGUUAUGGUUUUCUCCCAAAUGGAUAGGGACUUACGUGGAUUUCAACCAGUUCAAACAUUCACUGUUAAAGCUUGUGACAAGAAUGGGAAGUGUGCAGAUAUUCCUGUCAGAACCACCGUUCUUCCAAUUAAUGAUAAUGCUCCAUUUUGUAAACCAUCUGUUUACAGAACUACACAUCCUGAACUACUUCUUCAUGAUACAGUAGUUGCAACUUUAAACUGUAAGGACUCCGAUACCCCACGUGAUACACUAACGUAUGUUCCUGAAAGUGGACCCCUUGGGCCUGGAAUGAUAUUUAAGCAAAAGACUGGUGCAAAUAAUGUUAUACAGGUGGGAACCAAAGACCUGGAUUAUGAAGAUGCAGCCAUUGCUGCUGUGGGGUAUACAUAUCAAAUGACAAUAGCAGUGUCUGAUUCAACUAUUUCCACACACACUGCAACUGCUACAGUGAUUGUAGAAAUUACACCUGUGAAUGACUUUAGUCCCAUAUUUGAGAAGGAUCCUUAUGUCUUUGAUGUCCUUGAAACAACGGCUGCAAAACACAAGAUUGGGAGAGUUAUUGCCACAGAUGAUGAUUUUCCGUUAAAUGCAGUGACUUACAAAAUAAUUUCUGGAGACGCACAAAUUAUAAAGCGAUUCUGGAUUGAUCCAAAAGAAGGAACCAUAGAGCUGAUAACGCAAUCAGACUAUGAGUCUGUCCAACAAUAUAACCUUGGUGUGGAAGCCACUGACAGUGAUCCUAAUCAGCCGAAAACUGCAGUGACCAGGGUCAUCAUCAAUAUAAUAGAGGAAAAUGAUGAAAAACCAGUUUGUGUUCCACUGUCAUAUAAAGCAAGUAUUCUUGACAAUAUUGCUGUUGGGACUAACAUUAAUAGUUUCAGAUUGAACUGUCAAGACAGAGAUUCCCUGGACAAUGAGAUGCGGUUUGAGAUUGUAUCGGGCAACGUGAACAAUCAUUUUGGUUUUGACCCUAUCCGUGGAUCUUUUGCUCCAAAACUGAUACUCAGAACUCCGUUUGACUAUGAGGGAAAAGCAGAUGUUCAGCAGGAGUACCAUCUCAUUGUCAACAUCAUCGAUGACAACAUUAAGAGGAUAAAGCCAAGGACAGGAACUGUAGUGAUUGAUAUUACUGUAGUUCAGACAAGAGCAACUACUCCAACAACAUCCUUUUAUAACAGAAAAGGACUAACUAUUAUCAACACUGCUGUGAAUACUUACAAUCCAGCUGACUGGUAUGCCCCCUUCCUUCUCACACUGCUGGCAAUCCUAUUGGCUCUCCUCUUUGCCUUAGGGAUGUACAUCGUCUUGAAAUAUACCAGAUGUGUGGAAUUCUGUCGAAAGGCACAUACCAGAAAGACACGUACCAGUAAGCCAAAACUGCAACCACCAAAAAAAGUGACAAUUUACAUUCCAGAACCUGUUGAAGAAAAGCCAGAAGUUGUAACAGAGGUAACUAAGUAUGAUACUGUUUUCAAUGGACAAGCUGUCGAUCCAGUUACAGGGAAGUGGUACAAAUACAACAGUGCAACAGGAGCAAGGAAGUGGAAGGAAGCAAAUGAGUCACAUGAGACAAACAUGAACAUUGUGACAGAAAAAGCUGAGCCUAAGAAACCCCAGUUACUAAAAAAUUGAAUUAUUUCAAGUAAUGAGAAAGGAACAUUUUAAAUGGAUGUGUACCGCCUUAGUUGAUCAAUGUACGAUUGGAAUUAGAAGUACAUAUUACAUUUUGGCCAAUGAUAUAUUUUAAUUAAGAUAGAAAUGGAUUUUGAAAUGUGAUUAUUAUCAAAUUUAUCUGUGAUCCUAACCAGUGAAUACAUUGACUGCAUAAAACUUUAAUCUUCAGUCCAUAAAAUACUUUAUGAUAAUACACUAAACACAUUAGAAUUUCAUGGGAAUGUAAAAGACCUUUUUGAAUUAAUCACAAACUUAAUAUUUAAAAUGUUUUUUA